AUGAUCGAGGAAGUUCCUCCAUCCCAGUGAGAGGUCAAGACAACACACAGAGAAGGACAUUCACGGUCCUUUGCUUUAAGCUUUGCUUGACCAUUAUAGUGCAUUAAGUAAUGAGGAUGUACACUCAGUAACUAUUAAAAACAUAGCUUUUAAUCAAAUAGCAGAUGCAUGUUGACUCUCUGACGGCUCUAACAGUACCAACUAUUAACUUCCUUUCCUUUCUUUCUCCCAACGAAAUAUAUAUGAUUAAACUAUUCAUACCAAUCCAGCGAGUUUUUGUUAGAGAUUUUCGUGCCUCGAUUCAUCGGUGUAAGUUAGUCGACUGUUCGAAUUACAAGUGGUCGGAAAAAUAGGGUAACAGUUGUGAAACCCGCGUGGUUAAUCCACGAGUAUUAAAUUUUCUCAAAAUAUCAAAUGAAGUCCUAUUUAGAAAUAAAAAUUAGGAAAAAGAGUUUAACACAACGUUUCGAUGUUGCCUCGAGAUCAUUACCAAGAGACAAGAUAGAAAAAAUUUGUUAAACUGGUUUAUAAGUUACCUUUCUUGUCGUAAACAAAAAGUGAUGAUCGAAGGAGUGCAUUCUGAUUGUCGUAGUAUCGAGGCUGGUGUCCAACAGGGAUCGGUCUUAGGUCCAUAAUUGUUUCUCAUUUACAUUAAUGACCUACCAGUCACAAUCUCCUCUCGCUGUUUUUUAUUUGCUGAUGUUUUUUUUGCUGGAAAAAGGUCAGUCUCUUGCGCUUCUAAACUAAAUCAUGACUUGACAUCAAUACCUGAUUGGUCUUCUCCAGGCAUCUUCAAGCGUAACCUUUUAAAAUUCCUGCAUUUUCCAUCUCGCAGCUAUCUUUUUUGUAUUGGGGAUCGUUCAGCGUCAAUUUUUCACACUCGUUUGAGACUUAAUUUUAGUGCCUUACAUUUUCACCUUUUUCAGAGAAAUUGCUGUUCUUCCGCUGCCUGUGCUCUUUGCGAUGCAUCUAUUGAAGACAUGAAACGUUAUUUCCUAUACUGCCCAAGUUUUGCUGCUCUGUGUGAAAAGUUGUUUACCUCCGCUGCACAUUUACUUGAAAAUAGAUGGCAUAAAAUGUGCCUCAGAUAAGAAAAAAAUCGAUUGGCUGAUUUAAUUUCUAAUCAACGUUAGGUUGUUUCAGCUUGUCCAGUCGUUUAUUUUGCUAUCGAAUCGCUCCUGUUAGUUGCUGUGCCUGUUUUUUAUAUUUAUUUAUUUUUUGCUUAGUUUUUUCUUUUCUUCUUUAUUCUUUCGCUUUUUUUAUGCGUGUGUGUGUUCGAUCUUGACGUGCAUUUGUAUUUUUAAAUUGCUGUGAAUGUAAACAGUGUAAGCUCUCUAGAUGAGCCCUUAGGCUGUUAGAGCAAAUGUUGCAAUAAAUAUUGUUUAUAAAAAAAUCUGAUUUAAAAACAUAUUAAGUUUGAGGUGACAAAAUAAACUAGAGAACAAAAGUAACAUGUUUUCACGUGUUUAUGAGAAUUAAAUGAAAAUAUGUUCAAUACAAACAGUUUUCCCCUGAUGAAAUCUGUUCUCGUGAUAAGGCUUGGUUUCCUCUUUUAAUAAAAAGCAUAACUGGAUAUCUAAUUUUCCAAACCAAGCUUAAACACACAACCAGUUUCCAUCCACGGAAAACUGCUUGUUUAACAUAAUUAUAUUUUUAUUUUCAUUUACGCGUGCAAACACGUUACUUUUGUUCUCUACAAUAUUUUGUCACUUCAAACUGUUCAUAAGAUAUAGAUUAAGCCAGGGCUAAAAGCAAAGCUCUCGUUAAUAUACUUACCAUUUACUCAAAACAAACAUAACUGAAAUCGUGUAAUGCUAAACGUCCACGGCAAUGAGAAAGGCCAAAAAAAACCCAACCAAACAAACAAAAACCAGUAGGUGUAAUUGGCAAAAAAAAAUCUUUGCAUCUGCAGCAAUCUUUUUUGUACAUUUCUUUGCCGUUGUUGUUGCAACGUGAAACUUCUGAUUUACACGUUUUAUGGAGAAAAUGUCGUAUGUGCACACAAAAAAUUUUGUUGCUUGUGUUCCUGCUCGCUUUUCUUCACUGCCCCUCAUUUUUACCUUACUGUCGGCUCGCAGUUCUAAUUUUUAUUCCAGCGGUAUGUCAUGUUGUUCUUCCAAAGAAAUUCGCCUCCUUUGUUUUUUUUUUUUUAUCUCUCUUCUAGCUCUCUGUAGGUCUUCAGUUCUCGUUGAGCUUCCCUAGCCUGUCACCUACUUUCUUGUUUUCUCUUUCUUUCUCUUUCUCUACCUUCCAAAUUUGUGGCGACAUGACAAUUAAUCUAGGCUUAAUACUUAAGACAAGACGGACAUAGAAACAAUUUCCGCCUUCGAUUUUGUCUUUCUUGACUCUUUACAUGUUAUUGUCUCUGCUUCACAAGACGCCGGUGGCCAUGUGAUUUCCCCCCAAAAAGUCUCGGGUUGCAUUUGGGAUGCCAUACCUGUUGAUUGAGUUACAUGUAUCUUACACUGGUGUGCCUGUGGUGUCAACGGACGGGCGUACGAUCACGUGACUAGAGUCACUAUCAAAAUUUCUAGGAUGCAUAGAUAACCAAAUUUUCUUACCCAUGGUGCUCCGCUAUUUAGUCAGAUUUUAGCUUUUUUCGAAACGUUGUGUUUUCUUUUCUCUAAAUUUUAUUAUUAAGUGUUUAACGAAAAUUAAUUUGAAGUCAAAUUUCCUCGGGGAAACCAAGGUAUUUUCCCCUCACUUCCGUAGCAAACUCAUCCAUGCUUACGGGUUAUCAACAAAGUGAAUGAGUGCCCAGGCAGCCUCUUUUGCAUCCUUCCCAUGACACCCCGCUCUCAGUAGCUGCUCUUGAGAACUUGACUGCCGGGACAUGGCGUUUAACGCAAGGGACUUGAGAUGGGGUCCAAAUAACUCGCUCACAGACUUCACAGUCCUGCUAAAUAUUCUUGCUGACAUUGUUUGGCGUCUCUUUAUGGCUCUUGUUCGUGUAAAAUCGCCAAACAGAAGCAGUAGAGUCUUUCGUCGUUGUCCUGCUUCGUUUCCUGCUUGUGCAAGUAUCCUAGUAACGUAAACUCCACGUCACCAUCAACCAUCUUGUAUGUGCUGCGACUUUCAACGUUUUAGUGGUCGAGGGGAAUAAAAUCCGGUACGUAACCUUCACAGCAUUUGCCUAGAGAUAUUAAAAUUCUCAAAUAAUUCGCGGUUCAAACAAACUUCGUGUUAUAGAGUGUUUUCACAUGACGUCACGGCGGCCAUAUUGGUGUCCCAAACCUGUCCCGUGGGAGUUGGACUCCUUUCUUAUGUAAAGUAAACACUUUCUUUUGGUUCAAUAAAUUUGCAUAGAGGCUGGCCAUGUGAGUGAAAAUACUCUUUAAUUCGAUGGAUCCGUUCUAAAGUCAUGUAGAAGUUACUGGAUUUCACUACCUCCGAUCGGUAAUCUUCGGUUACGGCCUCCUUUGUUAGUGGAAAAGCAGCCAAAAAAAAUACGUGGACUCAAUACUCUUCAUUCAUUUGAAUUUCUAAAGUUCUCUAUGAUGUCAUUAAGUAAAAUAAUAUGACUGUGCUGGAUUUCGCAUGGCUUUCGAGGGUUAACAAUAAUGGAAAUGAUAAAAGAUAAGUUGGUGUAUGUCUUUAUUUCAUAAAUUGUUGUACGGAUGCUCUGUUUUUGUGGCUCUGAAGUAUGGUGGAUUUUGCUCUGUUUCAAGAUUUCGUUAUGCGUGGUGUACUUGGCAUUCUUUCUUGUUCGGGUUUUGUAUUUGAAUAAAUCAUCAGUGAAUGGAGUUUUAUUUACAUUUAUCAUGACCCGUGGAAAAAAUAUUUUAGAAAACGGUGCAUUGACUAAGUUGAAUUAAGUUUAGCCUUACUUAAAGAAAGGAAAAAAUGUAAAAGAAAAACUUUCAUUUCAUUCGGUCUAUAAAUGCAAACUGUAUCAAAUUUUUGGAUUGGGAUGGCUGUCACUUUUCGAGUGGGUCUUAAGCAGCAUUAUACUGAUUAAUUCAACUAGAAUUUUGGUCCGUCAAACUGAAGUAUUUUUUAAAAAAAAAAAAAAAAUGUAAUAUGGGGUAAUAUGUCUGCCAGGAGGAUUAACCAGAAAAUUAACGCAAAAAUGACUGAUGAGUUCUAACAAUUUGGAAUGAACAUACUGACUGUGAUCCAACAAAUAUUUGUCGAUACAUGUAUACGCAUACUAACGCAUCCUGAGGCAGUCGAUUCUUUUUACCCAAUCAGAAAAAUGAAAGGACACUAGUGAACUUGUUUUUACCCGUAGUGAGAUAUAGACUUCCGCUUAAUCAAGUAAUAUUCUGCGCGCCAUUUAGUCAAAGACAUUUGUAGCGUCAAGCCAGCCAUCGUUUUAGUCCCCAAGAAAUCAGGAAGUACAAAGCAUUGAAGAAUUCAAGAGCAGAAUUGUUAGUUUCUCUUCAGAGUUGCUUCAGUGAUAAAGCUAACACAAGUAACAAGACGACGAGUGUAGCCUUUCAUACUCUCUUGGUGUACAAUCAUAGAGUCAUUGUCUCCAAAACAAGGUGUGCUCUUAGCUGUUUCUUUGAAACGUCCUUCUGGCCGUGCGUGAUAUAACGAUCUUAAAGUUCCUCAGGAUUUCUUACCCCUUUCCCGCGAUUUGAGAUAUAUCUUAAAGUAAUAUUAAUUGGCUUCUUAGUGUACAAAAAAUUGAAUUGAUCUAUCUUUUAUUAUUUUUCUUUCCUUUUACAGAUUUCUUCAAGACUCAGCUGUGGAAUUCAGUCAUACCCGAAAUCGACAGAACGAUGAGCUUUAUAACAAUCUUGCUUACCACAAGCAUGUUUACAAAGUUAGCUUUUUCUGCUAACCAGUCAACCGUAAGUAUUUUGCGCUACAGUUUUACGACUUCCCUUCAGAUUUAUGAGCAAUUUUCUUCGAUUCUUAUCAAGCGAGGUGUUUUCCCGAACGCACUAACUCAUAUGCGACUGAUUAUGAUACAUUUUUGUCGAUGAAAGUUCGUGACACGAAUUUCCUUUUUUAGCGCCACUUAGGCUGCAAAACAUCCGAAGACAAAAAACUAACCCGACGUGCCUAGUUUCGAAACUGCUUGAGAAUUUUCUCUAAGGGUUUAAUAAAGAAAAAGACGAAAAAAAAAAAAAAAAGGGAAACAGUCUUAUGACAUAUUAACCAUUAUUAUCAAUUUUCAAUCUAGAAGUUACUUAUGCCCUUAAAGCAUUACAACACUUAAAAGCAAAAUGAAGAAAAAACCUUUAUAUUAUUUAUAGGUAACGCGUCAAUGCCCAACUGUCAUCAACACAUCAACCAGUGGCGUGCCAGGGGUCCCCGGGGUCCCUGGGCUCAAUGGACGAGACGGAGCCAAGGGAGAUAAAGGACCUGCGGGGCCACCAGGUGAUAAGGGACCUGUAGGGCCACCGGGAGACAAGGGCCUUAGAGGACAAGCAGGAGCACCUGGAAAAAUGGGACCUAAAGGGGCUAAGGGUGAACAGGGUAACCAAGGCCUGCAAAGAAACUGGAAACAGUGUGCGUGGAAGAACAUCAAUGACGGUAAAGACAGUGGAUUGAUAAAGGUAAAAGGCAGCUGGAAAGGGCUGAGAACAAUGCUAAGUAGGAAAAAAUGUUAUUUAUUAAAAUUACUGUCAUAGCGUCUAAAGAGUCAGACUGAAAGAUUUUAUCGAUAGACUUUUUCUUUCUUUUUGAUUUUGAUGAAUUUUAACGUCUAUAUUUCUUCUUUUUUUAGGACUGCGUUUUUAAUAAAGACUCCGAUAGCACCGCCUUAAAAGUGGAGUACAAUGGCGACAUCAGAAUCGCUUUCUGUCUCGGCUGCUGUUCGCGAUGGUUUUUCACCUUCAAUGGUGUGGAAUGUCGCAAACCUCUCGCCAUUGAUGGCCUGAUGCAUAUCUCCUCAAAUCACGGAAGAACAGACACGAACAUUCACAAAGUUACUCAGAUUGGAGGAUACUGCGAAGGAAUCGCCAAGGGAACCGUUCGAGUGGGAAUCAAUGUCGGUACCUGCGUGGGAUCGAAAGCUACAGAUGCGUAUACUGGAUGGAGCUCCGUGACCCGAAUCAUGAUCGAGGAAGUUCCUCCAUCCCAGUAAGUGGACGAGACAACACAUUCGGAGGACAUUCACGGUCUUUUACUUUGAGUUUUGCUUGACCAUUCGUGGCCUUGACGAAAUUAAGUAGGAGCCACAUUUAUAGUGCAUUACGUAAUGGGG